AUGCUUCUACGCAUGUUUCUUCGUCUAAAGACAAAACUAAACUAUCGAGAAAUUCAUACAACAUCUCGUCGUUGCUGUGGCGUUGUAUCAUAUGUUUACACUUCACCUUCUUCUCAUAUUCAAUCUGAUCGAGAUUAUCAAUCGCUAUUGCGUGGUUUAACCGCCGUAAAACAUCGUGGUCCGGAUGGCGAACCCUCCUUAUGGCAGAAUGAUGAACGAACGGUUGGUCUUGGUCAUACUCGUUUAUCAAUUAUUGACCUUAGUGAUCGCGGUCGACAACCAUUGCAUUCUUACGAUAGACAGCUACAUUUAUCAAUGAAUGGUGAACUAUAUGAUCAUGAUCGUAUUCGUAAACAAGCGAUCGAGCAGAAUGAAUAUCAUUUUCUCAGCGAAAGUGACAGCGAGAUUGCGUUGUAUCUCUAUCGGAAAUAUGGAUUAGAUUUUGUUAAACAUCUUCGUGGCGAAUUUGCUAUUACUCUUUACGAUAAUGAACGCAAAAUGUUCAUCGCAACGCGAGACCGGUUUGGUAUCAAACCAUUGUACUACACCUAUCAUGAUAACAAACUUCUAUUUGCAUCGGAAAUCAAAUCUUUGUUUGAAUUCGGUGUUCCAGCCAUUUGGAAUGAAGAAGUUAUUUAUAAUACAGGACAAUUACGUAGUUUACAAACAAUUUACAAAAAUAUUCAGCAAGUCCCACCUGCUCAUAUAUUAAUUGCAUCGUCCAAUGGUACAGUGAAUGUAUCUAAAUACUACGAAACGUCGUACAUCACACGCGAGGAAGAGAAGCGUGAACAACGUACGGAGAAGGAAAUGAUCGACGGUGUACAAGAACAACUUCUCACAGCAGUUCGUCUUCGCAUGCGAGCUGAUGUUAAAGUCGGCGUAUAUCUAUCAGGUGGUCUUGAUUCAUCAGUUGUAUUGGGAAUGGCGACAAGAUUUACCAAUCAACCUAUCGAUACGUAUUCGAUAGCAUUCAAAGAUCAUUCGGAUUUCGAUGAACAAAGUUUAUGCCUUGGCACCAAUAGACAUUUCGGUCCACAGAAAACCACACCACAUAUACUCGAAAUCACACAUGAUCAACUGGCGGAACAUAUCGACGAAUGCGUGUAUCAUUCCGAGUCUCCAUUAAUGCUUAUCAGUGGAGUAGCAAAAUAUAUUUUAUCCAAAACAGUCCGAGCUAACAAAGGCAAAGUGGUACUAAGCGGCGAAGGAAGUGAUGAGAUCUUUUCUGGUUAUGCACCAUUCCGUCAAGAUUACCUUUUACAUGACUUACCAAACGAUCUGUCUGUGUUGAACGCAAUCAACGAAGAAGAACGUGAACAAGUUAUGAAAUCUUUAUCGAAAAAUAUUCUAAGUGGUGAUGCUGUUCUCCAUGACAAACAACGUGAACCGGAUUGCAUUCAAGCACUUGGAUAUUUCCCAUCGCAAGAACGUUCAUUAUUCUUAGCUUGGGACGGAGUCUACGCUGAGAAUUUGAAGAAAAACUAUGAAAAGUUUCGUUUGAAUAGUUUCUAUUUUCAUAAUUCACAUCUCUACGAUUAUCACAUUUCGAAACAAAUAAUUAACUACGAAAUAUCGCGUGUACACUCGAGUCAAUAUAUGUUAAUGAAAAAUUUUCUUGCAAAUGUUCUUCUUAAAGUUUAUGGUGACAGAUCCGAGAUGGCACAUUCAGUUGAAGGACGCGUGCCAUAUCUCGACCAUCAUGUUGUCGAUUAUGCCAACCGCUUGCCAACAGCGAUGAAAUUGAAAAUCAAAAAUGGUUCGUUGAUAGAAAAGUACAUUUUGAAGGAAGCCGGCCGGCCGUUUAUAACAGACGAUGUUUAUAAAAGAGAGAAACAUCCGUUUCUUGCACCACCGACGCUACUGAAUCCAAAAUCGAAAAUUUAUCAAUACAUUUAUGAUAAUAUUCAUUCUCGUGAUAUGAAUCAAUUAGAUUUGCUAUUCGAUAUUCCACGAUUACGUCAACAAUUAGAUGAUUUACAUAAUGACAAGGAGUUAAUGAACAGGAAGUAUCUAUGGGGAGAACUGGCUUUGUUAGAAGGCAAAUAUUUAAUGAUUUGUAGUUAUUUAACUUUAGCCAGACGCUUCCACGUUAAAUAUGAUUGA